GCCAUUUAUCAUGGCCAGGGCGUUGCGCGCUCUCGUCGCUGCAUCUGUCCUCUUCGCCAGCGCCGAGGCCGUGUCCAAGGUCUCUCGCUCUGGGCGAUACCUCUACACACAAGAUGGGAGCAGGUUUUACAUCAAGGGCAUAGCCUAUCAGCCCCAAGGUUCUGUGGUCGCUAGCGCCAGCAACCCUUUCCUCGAACCUUCCACUUUUGUUGAUCCUCUCGCCGACAGUAAUGCUUGUAGUCGUGACAUUCCUUACCUCCAACAGCUUGGUGUCAACACCAUCCGUGCUUACAGCGUAAACUCUUCUCUCAACCACGAUGCAUGCAUGAAGGCACUCAGCAAUGCAGGCAUCUAUACCAUCAUUGAUCUUUCCCUUCCUUUGAACGGCUCUAUCGAUCGUGCGUCUCCUUCAUGGACCACAAGUCUCUUGAACCAGUACAUCAACACCAUCGACGCGUUUUCAAGUUACGACAACGUUCUCGCGUACAAUGUCGGAAAUGAGGUUGUCACUGCUCCCAAUGAGACUAGCGCUGCGCCCUUCAUCAAAGCAGCUGCGCGUGAUGUCAAGGCAUACCUUAACUCCAAAGGAUCGUCCGCUCUCGUCGGAUAUGCUGCCAUUGACGGAGACGAGAGUUGGAGAGACCCUCUCGCAUCGUAUCUGUCCUGUGAUCCUUCGGGGUCGAACUCUGGUGCGACGUCUAUUGACUUGUACGGCCUGAACAACUACGAGUGGUGUGGUAAUACCACCUUCUCCCAGGCAUACUCUGCAGUCGAGACGGACUUUUCGAGCUAUAAUGUCGCUGCCUACUUUAGCGAGUUCGGUUGCAUCACUGCUGGCACACGGUACUGGACGGAAGUUGGGGCACUCUUCAGCUCACAAAUGUCUCCUGAUUGGUCGGGUGGAAUUGCCUUCUCGUACUUCCCUGCGACCAGUGCUCAAGGUCAAUUUGGUAUGGUCAAUAUCUCAUCCGACGGAAGUACCGUCACCACUGGCCAGGAGUUCAACAGUUUGAAGAUUGAGUAUGGAUCUGUCUCACCUCCCAACUCACCCUCCCAGAGUUCCUCGUCGGCAUCGUAUGGUUCAUGUCCCUCGCAGAGCGCCAACUUCAUUGGCUCGACGAGCCUUCCCUCGACUCCUAAUGCGGCAGCCUGCAGCUGCUUUGAGAACGACUUGAGUUGCCAGUUCACCCCUCAAACCUCGAACUACUCGACCAUCCUGGGUGAUUUGCUCAACUAUGCCUGCAGUCAGCUUGGACAGAUGGGUAGCUCCUGCAACGGGAUUGCUGCCAACGGGACUUCUGGACAAUACGGUGCUGUUUCUCAAUGCGAUCCUUCUAUCAUGCUAUCCUACGUGAUGUCCGAGUACUAUACUCUGCAGAACUCCAAUGCUCAAGCCUGCUACUUUGCUGGCAACGGCACUGUCAAUUCUUAUGCACCCUCUGGCACUAGCGGGCUCUCUGCUGCUUCAUCCUCGUGUCUCGCAUCUGCCACUUCCGUAUUCACACCGUCUGCAACGGGUGGAAGCUCUAGCGGUGGUUCUGGCGGAGGAAGUAGCGGUAACUCUGGAGGUGCAAUCUCACUUGAGGACCCACGUGCGCUUGCCGGCCUUGGUGUCAUGCUCGCUGUGGGCUUGAUGAGUGGAGUUUGGACCCUUGUUUGAGCAGGGAUGGUGGACAAUGGACAAACUAUCCUUUCUUUGGUCAUUUACUACAUUGAUUUAUGGACACUUUCUCGGACGUUUCAGGAUUGCAACCCUCUUGAGAUAUCAUUUACAGUCUUAUUACCUAGUCAUGUAACAAGCUUCUAGAUACCAAGAACUUAAUCGUGUGUUCACCGGC